AUGGUCCAGAUAGUCGACGACGGCUACGUCCUGGUCUCGUGGGAAGACGCAGACGGCCUCUCGUCGCAUGAAGACGCCCCAGCACCCCCUCUUCUUCAGCCCAUCAGCGAAAUUGUCGACGACUUGGCAGAGCAGUUCUGGCCCGUGAACAAGAGAAUCCACGAUCAUCCAGAGCUGAAGUUCCGAGAGCACAUCGCCCACGAUGCUCUGACAGAGUACAUGCGAUCCCGCCCUGGCUGGAGCGUGACGCCCUCAGCCUACGGCAUGGAGACUGCCUGGGUGGCUUCCUAUGAUACCGGCCGUCCUGGCCCAGUCGUUUCUUUCAACGUGGAAAUGGGCCACGCUUGCGGACACAACUUGAUUGCCACGGCUUCGGUUCUCGGGGCAGUUGCUGUUUCAGAACUGAUGAAGCAGAACCUGAUCUCUACCGGUAAAGUGGUCGCCUUUGGAACCCCGGCGGAAGAAGGUGGCGGGGGUAAAAUCAAUCUUUUGGAGGCCGGGGCUUAUUCUGACCAUCGGGUCGAUAUCAGUUUGAUCUCGCAUCCAGAUGCGAGUGCGAAUGCUGCGCUGAUGAGAACCACGGCCACGCAUGGAUUCAAGGCUGAAUACUUUGGUCGGGAAGCCCACGCGGCUGCAAAUCCUUGGCUAGGUAUAAACGCUCUCGAUGCCCUCAUCUCUGCCUACAACAACAUCUCAAUGCUGCGACAGCAAACGAUGCCUGAUGAUAUCAUUCAAGGCUACAUCUCAAAUGGGGGUAGAGCGUCGAAUAUCAUCCAUGCGUAUGCCGCCGGGACUUUUACUGUUCGAGCCAAGAACUCUGCCCGUUUGGAAGAGCUCAAGAAUAAGGUCGAUGCCUGCUUCAAUGCUGGAGCUCAGGCGACGGGCGCCAAGUUAGUUGUCACCCCUCGAAGAGGUUACAAAGAACAUAUUCCGAACCGCAUCUUGGCCCAGUCUUAUACGAAGUACUUUAAUGCCCUGGACCCUCCUGAUAGAAUCCUGGUAGAUCAGGAUCAGGAUGAGAUUCGCGGAACUACAAAAGCAAGCACCGACCAGGGAGACAUCAGCUACGCCAUGCCGAGCCUGAGCCCUGUUUUUUCCAUUGUCCCAGGGCCGAAUGGGAUGGGGCCACAUAAUCCUGAGUUUGCGGAGGCCGCGGGGACGAAAGACGCAUUCCAUCGGGCGGCGAGGGUAGGCAAGGCCCUCGCCGGAGUUGCAGCUGAUAUCCUCACGAAAAAAAACCUAUUGCAUCAGGUCAAACGGAGAUGGAGGGACGACUUGGCGGACCCUCCCAAAAAUUAG